AUGGAUAAAAUUAUAAACUCAAUGAGAAAAAUAACAAUCAGCAAUGAAAGUUUAUUAAAGAGAUCAAUUUUCCAAAGACCAGUUACAAUUCCAAAACCAUCUUUUGGUCAAAAAAUUUCAUUAGAUAAAUUAAAGCGUGAUAAAGAAAGUGGAUGGACUAUUGCCACCACUCGUAUGGGUGCAAUUGGUAAAAAGGUUGGUAUGAUGACAACUUAUAUUGGUGCUGAGGCUUAUCCAGUCACUGUUAUUCAAAUCCCAAACAAUCAAGUCACUCAAGUUAAAAGAAAAAUUAAAGAUGGUGCUAAUAUGGUUCAAAUUGGUGCUGAUGAAAUUCGUAUGAAAAAUGUCCCAAAACCAUUACGUGGUCAUUUUGCUAAAGCAAAUGUUACACCAAAAAGAAUUUUAAUGGAAUUUAAAGUCACAAAUAAUGCUUUAAAUAUUGACUUGGGUACACCAAUCCUUGCAAGACAUUUUGUUCCAGGUCAAUUAGUUACUGUUAAAGGUAAAAGUAGUGGUAAAGGUUUUGCUGGUGGUAUGAAAAGAUGGAAUUUCAGAGGUCAACCAGCUACACAUGGUGUUUCACUUACUCAUAGAUCAAUUGGUGCUACUGGUAAUAGACAAACCCCAGGUAGAGUUUUUAAAAAUAGAAAGAUGCCAGGUAGAUUAGGUGGUGAAAGUUGUACAGUAAAAAAUCUUCAAAUUCUUAAAAUUAAUAAUGAAUUAAAUUGUAUUAUGGUUAAAGGUGCUGUACCAGGUAAAAAAGGUUCCUAUUUAAAGAUUAUCGAUUCAACUUCAAUGAAAUGGAGAGAAGCACCACCAUUCCCAACCUAUACCCCAACACCAGUUGAUUUAGUAAACACAGAAUUAGUAUUCAAACCAAAUACUCAAGAAAUUGUUUCAGAAGAAUUAGAAAUUAAAGUAGCUCCAAAAUUAAUUUCACAAGAAGAAGCCAGCGAAUUAUUAAAUGCUCAAAAAGAAGUCAUUGCCAAAAAACUUCAACCAAAAGAAAAAAAUCAAGAAUAA